AUGACUUUAUCUAAAGACAUAGACCUACUUUUGAUCGGCGGAAUCGGAAAUGGGAAAAGUGCCCUGGGAAACACUAUCCUAAGACGAAAAGCUUUCAUCAGUGAAAGUGGCCUGGACGCUGUAACAAGACGUGUAUCCUGUGAAGUGAGCGAAUACAAUGGUCACAUUAUCAAGGUCGUCGAUUGUCCUGGCGUGGAGUACAAAUGUCAUUGGACUGAGAAAAGUUUCGAUAGUGUGGUGAAUGCUUUGAAGGAUGCCAUCACCAUCAACCCACGGGGAUACCCCGCAUUCAUCCUGGUGGUCAGAUAUGGAGGAAGGUUUACUGAUGAAGAUCAAGACGUUAUUGAUUUUUUGAAAAACAUCUUUGGCGAUAGCUUCGUGAAGGACUUUUGUAUUCUUGUUCUCACGUGUGGAGACCUUUUUAACUGGGAAGUUGAGUCGGAAGGUUUUCAAGAUUGGUGUAACAAACAACAAGGACAUUUUAAGGAGCUUGUCAAGGAAUGCUGCAAUAGGGUCGUCUUAUUCGACAAUCGCACUAAAGACACAAGCACUCAAGAUGCCCAGCUGAAUGCCCUUAUCACAGUGGUGGACAAUUUACGAUGGAGAGAAAAGAGGUACACCAAUGAA